UUCAUUGAAUAAAGACUAAAAUGUUGGUCAUUUCCUCACAAACAGCGUGGCUUCAGAAGACUUGGAAAACCGCAAACAAGUCGUAUAGGCCAAUUUUAUGUCCCCAUUCACUUUCAUUGUAUGGAAAAGAGAAGAAUGUUUAAAAAAAAAUCAUGCCUAAAAUAUCUUUAUGAAUUCUACAGAACAAAGACAUACAGUUUUGGAAUGACGUGAGGGUGUGUAAAUGAUCACAUAAUUUUCAUUUUUGGGUGAACUAUGGGAUUAUAAACAAUCUAUGUAUAUGGAUCAAAGUGCAACAGAGGAAAAACUAGAAGAAGUCUACCGGUAACAGCUCUGUCUGUAUUUAUAGAGCACGGUAAGGGAGCGAGCCAUUUGGCGAGUGCCCUCUCUUCGAUCGUCAAAUUUACAGGCCGGGGCAAGACCCCCAAGAGCUUCGGCGGCUGUGAUUUAUGAGCCACACUCCCCUGCUCGCCUUCCGCUAGAUUGUCAGUGCAUAACUGCAUGCUCUCCCAGCCAAGACACUGCGCUCUACUCAGGCACAGUAUGAAGGGAACAGCCCUGUUUCUGCACAUGCAUGCUGUGGAUCUCUUAGACUCAGCCUGGAGAGGAAGAAAACAAGGAGAUAACCUGUUGACUUGGAUCAUCUGAUCAGAUCUCUUUGCUUGUGUGAUUGUUUGAAUCCAUAACUUGCUAAUGCAUGAGAUCACUGAAAAUGGACAGAUGGAAUGAAUACAAUACCAUGCUGGAAGGGGGUAAGAACUGGCUAAGAGAAGAGAGGACUUGAGAAAUUCACAGAUAAGUAGACUCGAACAGAUUUUUGUGUUGUUGUUGGAUCACAAAAGCUGGACAGAAAAUCAUCCGGUCAUGGACUUAAACUACAAUCCAGGGGGCGACAGGGAGCGGAUGACGUCCAACCAUGAGACAUACCUACUUAUGGCCAGUACACAGAAUGACAUGGAGGAUUGGGUGAAGAGCAUCCGCAGGGUGAUAUGGGCUCCAUUUGGAGGAGGAAUCUUUGGUCAGAAGUUGGAAGAGACCGUUCGAUAUGAGCGUCGCUAUGGGAACAAAAUGGCUCCUAUGCUGGUGGAGCAGUGUGUGGACUUCAUUCGGCAGUGGGGUCUACGGGAAGAAGGGCUCUUCCGUCUGCCUGGACAGGCCAACCUUGUCAAAGAGCUCCAGGAUGCUUUCGACUGUGGAGAGAAGCCAUCUUUUGACUGUAAUACAGAUGUACACACCGUAGCCUCCUUGCUGAAGCUGUACUUGAGAGAGCUUCCUGAGCCCGUCAUCCCUUUCUGUAAAUACGACGAGUUUCUGGCCUGCACCAAACUCCUCAGCAAAGACCAGGAUGCAGGAAUGAAGAAAUUAAGAAGGCAUGUUGAAAGUCUACCUUUGGUGAACUACAAUCUGCUUAAAUACAUAUGCAAGUUCUUGGAUGAGGUGCAGUCAUACUCUGGGGUGAAUAAAAUGAGUGUUCAAAAUCUGGCGACAGUCUUUGGGCCAAAUAUUUUGAGGCCAAAGGUCGAAGACCCAAUGACUAUAAUGGAAGGCACAGUAGUGGUGCAACAGCUAAUGGGCGUUCUGAUUGCUCGGCAUGAUGUUCUUUUCCCACCCGAAGAGGACCAUACUAGCACUCUGGAAUUGGUCAAUAACAACAACAAUGAGACACAAAGACGGCCGACCAAUGGUCAGCUACACAACAAAGAGAACAACAACACCACUGGUGUACGACAGUGCACAUGGGGCACACCCGAAUCACCCAACCGGGCUCCAUUGGAAAAUGGCUCUCCCUGCUUGGGUAGCCCUCGUGACGGUUUUACAGGUCCGCGAAUCGAGGUUACGCGUAGCCCGCCGCUUACGAUAAAAAAGAACCCAGCAUUCAGUAAAGGCAGCGGAAUUGUCACUAACGGCUCCUUCAGCUCAUCUUCAUCCUCAGGUGAAGCCAAUCAAGAGAAGAGCCAGACUUUGCCCAACAUGUGCACCCUACAGACCCGACGGGCAGGCGCAAUGAAGGGCUCGGGCACUAAGAUGGGGGUUCAAAAUGGUGUCGUGCGGAUGGGCGUGUCCAUUACGGAUGGGACGAAUGGGACUCUAAAUGGGCGUAAUGGACUCUGGAUGCCAAACGGUCAUGUCACAAUGCGUGAAGGAAAAACUCGAGACGCCGAGCACCACCAGAAUCGCCUGUCCACAUAUGACAACGUCCAUAUCCAGCAUCAAACACAACUGAUGCAGCCCAGUCUCAGCAGCAGCUGUGAGGACAAACAAAGCGUGGACAGCGCCACCUGGUCCACGUCGUCUUGUGAAAUCUCUCUGCCGGAGAACUCCACAUCUUGUCGCUCCUCAACUACAACCUGUCCAGAGCAGGACUUCUUUGGCAACAAUUUUGAGGACCCGUUGUUGGACGGGCCGGUACAGGAAGACAAUGGACCAGCGCCAGAAGACAGGGAGCAGAGGACCAGUAAUGGAGGGGGUCGUGGAAGCAAAGGAACAAGCAGCAGUGAAAACAGUGAAACGGUAUUUGCUGUCACCAACGGACCAACCAAUCACAGUGCACUGCACAGCCUGGUGGCCAGCCUCAAACAGGAAAUGCUCAAGCAGAAGAAUGAAUAUGAGGCCAGAAUCAAGAGUCUGGAAUAUCGUAAUUUUGAGUUGGAGGCUGUUAUGGCAAAUCUACAUGAAGAGCUGGACCAGGAGAAGAAGAAGUACAUCAUGGUAGAGAUAAAGCUGAGAAACGCUGAGCGAGCAAAGGAAGAUGCAGAGAAGAGAAACGAAAUGCUACAGAAAGAGAUGGAGCAGUUCUUUUCCACUUUUGGAGACUUGACCGCAGACCCACAACGACCUGAUAGAGCCAACACCAUCUGGAUCCAGUGAGAUGUGGUGGAGGAUACCAUUUAAUUCAAGCUGGUGUUGAGAACAGUCUACCAUUAACAAUUACUCAAUGACCAGUUUUGUUACAUUGUGUGAGCUGUGCUCAGACAGAAUCUGAUUAAAUUAACUUGUCCAUAAUUGGCUUGUCCUUAGUUGGGUGUUUCUUGCCCGUUUGGUGCAAGGAUUCAACGCAGCUGAGCGAAGCCCACUGAGGAAAAUUUCAGAAUGAACGUGGACCAGUUGUGUGAUACUUGUUGGACUAAACCAUUUGGAUUCAUUGGAUUCAAUACUUCUUGGAUCUCAAGAAAAAGUAAGACAGUUAAAUGGUUUGAAAUAUGGUUGUGUUUUGGAAACAUAAGACUUGUCAACUUGAAAUGAGUGUCAUAAAUGGAAAGAAGAGGAUUUUGACUCCAAAUAUUGUCAGAGCCUGCUCUGAAAAUGUUAAAGAGGAACUUUGAUGGUUGACUGUUGAAGUAUGUUGCUUUUCGUACUGGAAUGAACAAUACGUCUUAGAUUGGUAAACUCCUGAAGGACAACAGAACCUUGAAUGUUACACGCAUUUCUAAUUGUGAUCCAACCAAAUGUGUCCUUGAUCUGUCACCUCAUCAUGUAUCCACCUUUGUUAAAAAUACCAUGAUUAAAAAUAGAUGUCUGUAUAAAUGCAAAUUAAAGUAAUAUGUUGAUGUACGUACUGAUAUUUAAAGAGAGAAUUUUCGAUGUGUUACAUAAACAUUUUAUAUCAAGGCUUUUCCUUGCACUUAAAACAUUGUUUUUCAACAUGGUACGGAUAUGAGAUUGUUGCAAGCAUUUGAAUUUCACUCUCUCUCUGUCUACCCUUACGCUUUUUUCAGAUAUUUCAUUGCUAUAUCCAAAUGCCAUAGCUUGCCACAUGACCAAAAAAAAAAAGACCUGUAAAGACAUAGGAAAAACAUGACAGACACUUGGCCUGUCUUUGCCAUUCUUACCGAUCACACAUCAUUUGCUUUAAGCAGCACUAGACAGGAAGAAGUCUAUUAAAAUAAUGACUAAAAUGUAACAUAAUUCAAACCUGUUAAAGGUGACACCGGGUCAUUUCUGCACUGUUUGCCUUGUCUGUUUUGGAAGCUGUCCAUGCUUCUACUGUAGCUUCAUGCAUUCAGUGAAAUGCAAUUAAAUUAAAUUAUGUGAGCUUAUUUAAACUGUCUUAAAUUUGGUCUUAUUGUAUUAUUUCUGUAGUUCAUCAGUCGCUCUGGCAGACUACACAUGAAAUCAGUGGGUGGUCUAAUAUUUACAGCCACAAAAUUAACAUUUUUAAAAAGAGUCAAAGACAACAUCCUCCCAAAUAAAUUCUGGACUUUGUCCACGAGGCUUCAAAGUCAGAAUCUCUGGGUGAGAAAAAAUGUUUGUGAUUGCCUUGUAAUGCUGACUCCAAAGGUUAUAGUUCCUAACAAAGUAUAAAAAAGUA